UUAUGUUUUUGGGAGAGUGCCACAUCAUGUCUGGCUUGUUCAAUGAUUACCUGAAAGAGAUAUCCGAAGUUUCUUAUUGGGUAAGACUAGAUAGAAAACCAAGUAAACUGACCAAUGGACUGAUGGGGAGGAGGUUAGAGGGUCAGCAGGGCAGUGUUCAUAUGAACCUCUGUGAUUCUUCCUAAAAAUUUCAGACUAAUCCAGUGAGAACGUGAGUGAUGUCCAGUCUAAAGGAGAUCUGUGCGGGACUGCCUCUUGAUCCUCUUCCCCCAAACCGUGGGAGAGACCCCAAUGUACCUCAUGCACCUGUCCGAACUCCAAACCUCACGCCAGCAGAAGAACGGCUGGCUUUGAGGAAUGCUUUGAGAUACUUUCCUCCUAGUCUGCACGCGACUCUGGCUGCAGAGUUUGCGCAGGAGCUCAGGCAGUAUGGACACAUCUACAUGUACCGCUUCUAUCCUGCACUGCGUAUGAGAGCCUAUCCUAUUGAUCAGUACCCAUGCAGAACAAGACAAGCUGCUUCCAUCAUGCUUAUGAUUAUGAACAAUCUGGAUCCUGUUGUAGCACAGUUCCCACAAGAGCUUGUAACGUAUGGAGGAAAUGGACAGGUGUUCAGCAACUGGGCGCAGUUCUGGCUGGUAUUUCACUAUCUGAGCACCAUGACUGAAGAGCAAACUCUUGUGAUGUACAGUGGUCAUCCAUUAGGUCUCUUUCCCAGCCUCCCCUCUUCUCCACGCUGUGUUAUCACGAAUGGCAUGGUUAUUCCAAACUAUUCUUCCAGAGAGGAAUAUGAGAAGAUGUUUGCUAUGGGCAUUACCAUGUAUGGACAGAUGACCGCUGGAAGUUACUGUUACAUUGGCCCUCAAGGCAUCGUUCAUGGCACCAUGUUGACAGUGCUUAAUGCAGGUCGAAGAUACUUGGGCUCAGAUGACCUGAGGGGUCGUGUGUUUGUGACAUCUGGUCUGGGUGGCAUGAGCGGAGCACAAGCAAAGGCAGCAGUCAUUUCUGGCUGUGUAGGGGUCAUUGCCGAGGUUGAUGAAGCUCCCCUAAAGAAAAGGCAUGAGCAGGGCUGGCUGAUGGAAGUCACUAGUGAUUUGAGCCACUGCAUCAAACGCAUCAGAGAGGCCAGAAAAGCAAAAGAGGCCUUGAGUUUAGGCUACCAUGGCAACAUUGUGGAUCUCUGGGAGUGCCUCUACCAGGAGUAUAAGAAGACAGGAGAGUUGUUGGUUGAUUUGGGUUCUGAUCAGACAUCACUUCACAAUCCCUUCAGUGGAGGAUAUUACCCAGUGCAACUCACCAUCAGACAAGCCAACCAGCUCAUGAACACUGACCCCCAGUGCUUCAAAACCUUAGUACAUGAGAGUCUUUGCAGGCAGGUGGAGGCCAUCAAUAACUUGUCAGAUGCAGGGAUGUUCUUCUGGGACUAUGGCAAUGCUUUUCUCUUAGAGGCUCAGAGAGCAGGUGCCAAGGUAGAGAAGAAAGGGGGAGGGGCUACUGAGUUUAAAUAUCCCUCAUAUGUCCAACACAUAAUGGGGGAUAUUUUUUCACUGGGUUUUGGGCCAUUUCGUUGGGUCUGUACCUCUGGUGACCCGGCUGACCUGGCUGAGACUGAUGCAAUCGCCACUGCUGUACUAGAAGAGAUAAGUUCCACAGUAACUGAACGUGUCCGACAGCAAUAUAGUGACAAUAUCCGCUGGAUACGUGAAGCUGGGAAACACAAGAUGGUUGUGGGUUCACAGGCCCGUAUUCUCUAUUCGGACCAGAGAGGGAGAGUUUCCAUUGCCUUGGCAAUAAACCAAGCCAUUGCUAAGGGCAAAGUCUCGGCUCCAGUAGUCAUCAGUAGAGAUCAUCAUGAUGUCAGUGGGACAGACAGCCCCUUCAGGGAGACCUCCAAUGUUUAUGAUGGCUCUGCCUUCUGCGCAGACAUGGCAGUGCAGAAUUUUGUUGGUGAUGCAUUCCGUGGCGCCACAUGGGUUGCUUUGCACAAUGGAGGCGGAGUUGGAUGGGGAGAAGUGAUAAAUGGUGGUUUUGGAUUGGUUCUGGAUGGUUCUGAAGAGGCAGGGCAGAGAGCUAGACUAAUGUUGAACUGGGAUGUCUCUAAUGGGGUGGCACGGAGAUGCUGGUCAGGCAACGCUAAUGCUUAUGAGGCGAUUCAACGUACCAUGGAGGAUCAGCGUCAGUUGAGAGUCACAAUGCCCAACCCAGUACAGGAAGAACACAUUCUGGAUCAUGCACUGCUGGGAUAAACUAAACUCCACAUUUAAAUAAGAAAUUAUGCAUUAAUAUGCAACAGAAUGUCUA